GAUAAGAUCGCGAGGGGAUACCGGGGGCGGCCAAUGAAGAAGUGGGUGGGAUAUAAGGCAGCGGGCCGGGGAGGAAGCGGCUCUGUGAUUCGCGCGACUGCAGAGAUGACGUGGAGGUUCCUGGCGGGGCUGCUGUGCGUGGGCGCGGCGCUAUCGGCGCAGUACAAGCCAUGCUUGAAACGGAACUACGGUGCGAGCAGCAUCGUGUGCGUGUGCAACGCCACGUACUGUGACACGGUCAGGUCCAUCCAAGCAUCGCAAGUGUCCGGCGGCAACUUCAUGCACUACGAGUCGUCCAUGGCUGGGCUCCGCCUGCACCCCCAGGAGGGGAAGUUCUCCUCAGCCGCCGCCAACACGGUGAUUGUGUUCACCGUGCAGCCGUCCACCACCUACCAAGAGAUGCUGGGCUUCGGGGCCGCGCUCACCGACUCCACAGCUUACAACCUGUACACGCUCAACGAGAAGACACGGGAGAUGGUCCUGCAAACGUACUUCGGCGACGGCGGCUCCGACUACCUGUUCCUGCGGGUGAACAUGGGCGCCUGCGACUUCUCGCUCAGCUACUACUCGUACGACGAUGUGGCGGGCGACACCGCGCUCAGCCACUUCAGCCUGCCCAAGAUCGACGUCGACUACAAGAUCCCCAUCGUGAAGCGCGCCUCGCAGAUCCGCGGCCAGGCCAUCAGGCUGUUCGCCCAGCCGUGGUCGGCGCCCACCUGGAUGAAGGACUCGGGCACCUGGUACACCGGCUCCUUGCUCGAGAAGUACUACCAGCCGUGGGCCAACUACUUCGUCAAGUACUUCGAGGCCUACAAGUCGCACGGGGUGUCCUACUGGGGGCUGACCCCCCAGAACGAGCCGUCCGUGUCCCCGGAGGACUACCCCACCAUGAAGUGGACGGAGCAGCAGCAGAACACCUUCGUGGGCAACUACCUGGGCCCGGCGCUGCACCGCGCCGGGUUCAGCGGCCUCAAGAUGAUGGCGCUGGACGACAACCGCUGGCACCUGCCCGCCUGGGCCGAUGCGGUGCUGAACGACAAGACUGCCGGCAAGUACUACUCGGGCGUGGCGGUGCACUGGUACACAGACGACUCCGCCAAGCCAAUUCUGCUGACCGACACCCACAACAGGCAUCCGUCCGACUUCCUCUUCUACACCGAGGCCUGCAAUCUGGUGAGGGUGGUGGAGAAGGACUACGGUGACUGGGCUAUAGGAGAGAAGUAUGGCAAGAGUAUGAUGGAGGCCUUCAACAACUGGGUCGGCGGCUGGACCGACUGGAACAUGGUGGUGAACCUGGAGGGAGGCCCCAUGACGAAGAACAACAAGACGACGCAGUUCGGCUACAACGCCGCCAUCAUUGUCAACAGCAAAACGAACGAGCUGUACAAGCAGCCGCCCUACUACUUCCAAGCGCACUUCUCCACCUUCGUGCCGCCCGGCUCCAGGAGGAUCGGCAUGACGUCCGUGCACAACGGCGGGCUCUACAACAUCGCCUUCCACACGCCCCAGAACCGCUACGUUGUCGUGCUCAUCAACAUGGCCCACUCGCACGCCUCCACGGUCAUCACGCACGCCGGGAAGGGCCACAUCAACCUGGUCGUGAGCGCCAGGAGCAUACACACCGUCGUGUACUCCUAGUUCGCUCGCCUGACCUGCUGUGCUGCGGAGAUCAGCGCUCUCUCAGAACUGUGUAUCGCUCAACAACACCGCAGAAAACCAACAGAUACCUAGUUUAAAAAUUUUAAAUAAAUAAAUAUAAUAACAUUGUA